AUGUUUCUAGCUUCAAACACGAAGUACAUUGUUGUAUACAUAGACGGUCGAGGAUCCGGUAUGAGAGGUUGGAAGUACAAAGAGCCGGUCUAUGGACGUCUUGGCACCGUCGAAAUUGAUGAUCAGAUCGAAACAAUGAAAAUUUUGGCUGCCAAGCAUCGUUUCAUUGAUUCCAAGCGGAUUGGAAUAUGGGGAUGGUCGUAUGGCGGAUUCGUUGCGGCGCACGUUGUUGAACGGGACAGUGGUCGUCUGUUCAAAUGUGCUGUCAGUGUAGCGCCAGUAACCGACUUCAAACUCUACGAUGCCACUUACACGGAGCGUUACAUGGGCGAUGCAUCGGAGCUUGCAUACGAAAGAGCGAAUCUUGUUCGCAAUGUUAGCAUGUUCAAGCACGUGAAAUUUCUCCUCGUACACGGUACCGCUGAUGGUAAGUCCUAA